AUGCGUCUCUUCACAAAACCUUUUGUUCGCGGACCAAGGAAUGGAAAUCGAACUCCUUCCAAAAGGAAAUGGUGUAAUCUCACUCUCGCUUGCAAAUUCUCCAAGGCCACAUCCAACUCCCUAACCUAUAUUUCCCUCAAAAAGUUCCCUUCAAAGCCGAGAACUUUCACUCCUCUCUCUCAAAUUCAACAUCAACGUAAGCAACUGGAAUCCCAACGUGUUAGCACGCUCGAUGGCUGCGAAAACUGA